CGCCGGGCGGAAGCGGAGCAGUCGGACUGGGCAGCUGACGCGUUGCGGUUUUGCUGCUGGGACGCGCUGACAAGCAUAUGCGGGUUGUGUUCUCACCAUUCGAUACAACGUUGCCGCGUUUGUACUCGGUGACCGGCGUGGGAAUUACUGGUGGGGACGAGAUUUUCGGAGCGAAUAUGACACGAGCGUCCAUAGAUUAUUUUAACUGUGGCAAGUGGUUAGAAGUUCUCAUCUGUAGUACAGGCUAUUAAGCCAGCUGCCCAUUUCCAUGUCUGGCUUGACUGUUUGGAUUAAAAACAACUUUGAAGAGCCUCUUUUUUGCUUCAGGUUUACUGCGUCCUAUUUAGUACGUUUAUUUUUAGGGGAUGGGAAGUCUGCUCGAUGACUAAUAAGAGUAUCUUGUUUACAAGAAGGCGAUUGGAAAGUGGAGCUAUGAGGGGCUCAUACCAGGGCACGGCCCCCUUGGAGACCCUGAAAUGUGCAGGAAUCCAGCUAUCCAUCACCAAGAAGAAAUCUAUUAGUUUUAGACUGGGGAAUUCCUUUCCAUAAAAACUUAGAAUGAAAGAACCUUUGGAUGGUGACUGUGGCAAAGCAAUGGCACCACAGCAGGGACUUCUGGACAAAAUUAAAGAAGAACCUGACAAUGCUCAAGAAUAUAUACAUGAUUCAAAGCCAAAAACUCAAGAAAGUGAACUGAAAAUUAGCGCUGUGUUUUCAGUCAGUGACAGUCCUCUUGCCCAACAGUUGACCCCAGGCUUUCAGCUUUCUCCUGCAUCAUCUGGCCCAAAUAUAUCACUUCCUUCUGUUCCAGCCGUAGCUAUUCAGGUUUUUUGUUCUGGUUGUAAAAAAAUGCUUUAUAAGGGGCAAACCGCGUAUCAUAAGACAGGAUCUACUCAGCUCUUUUGUUCCACAAGGUGCAUCAUUGGAUAUUCUUCACCCGUCUGCCUACCACCUCCUCCCAGGAAAACCUGUGCAAACUGCUCAAAAGACAUUUUAAAUCCAAAGGAUGUGAUCACAACCCGAUUUGAAAAUUCCUCUCCUAGCAAAGAUUUCUGCAGCCAAUCAUGCCUUUCUUCUUAUGAGCUAAAGAAAAAACCUGUCGUUACCAUAUAUACCAAUAGCAUUUCAACUAGGUGCAGUAUGUGUCAGAAGAAUGCUGAUAUUCGAUUUGAAGUUAAAUAUCAAAAUGUGGUACAUGGUCUUUGUAGUGAUGCCUGUUUUUCCAAAUUUCACUCUACCAACAACCUCACCAUGAACUGUUGUGAGAACUGUGGGAGCUAUUGUUACAGUAGCUCUGGUCCUUGCCAGUCCCAGAAGGUUUUUAGUUCAACAAGUGUCACAGCAUAUAAGCAGAAUUCAGCUCAAACUCCUCCUUAUGCCUUGGGGAAAUCGUUGAGGCCCUCAGCUGAAAUGAUUGAGACUACGAAUGACUCAGGGAAAACAGAGCUUUUCUGCUCUGUUAAUUGCUUAUCUGCUUACAGAGUUAAGACAGUUAUUUCCUCAGGUGUCCAGGUUUUGUGUCAUAGUUGUAAAACCUCAGCGAUCCCUCAGUAUCAUCUAGCCAUGUCCAAUGGAACUAUAUACAGCUUCUGCAGUUCCAGCUGUGUGGUGGCUUUCCAGAAUGUAUUUAACAAGCCAAAAGGAACAAACUCUUCGGCAGCGCCCGUGUCUCAGGGCCAAGUGGUUGUAAGCCCACCCUCUGGGUCAGCAGUGUCAGCGGGAGGAGGUAACGCCUCUGCCGUUUCCCCCAGCUCCAUCAGUGGCUCUGCCGUAGCCAGUCUCCAGCCUCUCGCUGCUCAGUCCCAGCAAGCUGCUUUAACUCAUAAAGGUGUCAAACUCAAGUGUCAGCACUGUAACCAUCUGUUUGCCACAAAACCAGAACUUCUUUUCUACAAGGGUAAAAUGUUUCUCUUCUGUGGCAAGAUUUGCUCAGAUGAAUACAAAAAGAAAAAUAAAGUUAUGGCAAUGUGUGACUACUGUAAACUGCAGAAAGUUAUAAAGGAGACUGUACGAUUCUCAGGGGUUGAUAAGCCAUUCUGUAGUGAAGUUUGCAAAUUCCUCUCUGCCCGUGACUUUGGAGAACGAUGGGGAAACUACUGUAAGAUGUGCAGUUAUUGUUCACAGACAUCCCCUAAUUUGGUAGAAAAUCGAUUGGAGGGCAAGUUAGAAGAGUUUUGUUGUGAAGACUGUAUGACCAAAUUCACUGUUCUGUUCUAUCAGAUGGCUAAGUGUGAUGGCUGCAAACGGCAGGGUAAGCUAAGUGAAUCCAUAAAAUGGCGAGGAAACAUCAAACAUUUCUGUAACCUAUUUUGUGUCUUGGAAUUUUGUCAUCAACAAGUUAUGAAUGACCCUCUUUCACAAAACAAAGUAAACAUCUCCAAGGCUCAGACUGCUUCAGUGAAGCUCCUGUCUUCGAGGACAAGUACAACACCAGUUAUAACCAAUGUGGUGUCGUUGGCAAAAAUAUCUCCUGCCCAGCUCCCAGGGAACGGUGUUUUAAAAGGUGCAGUUACUACUAAAGAGGCAGCAAAGAUCAUUGAAGAUGGAAGUAUGAAGACAGAUGCCAUGAAACUUCUGUCUCCUCAGUCUUCGAGGCUUUUAAAGAACAAAGCCGUACUAUGCAAACCCGUCACACAGACCAAGGCCACCUCUUGCAAACCACAUAUACAGCACAAGGAAUGCCAGACAGAUUUAUCUAUGCCUAAUGAAAAAAAUGAUGCAGAACUUGAUUCUCCACCUGCAAAGAAAAAAAGAAUAGGUUUUUUCCAGACUUAUGAUGCAGAAUAUUUAAAAGUUGGUUUUAUUAUCUGUCCGGGAUCAAAAGAAGGUUCACCAAGACCACAGUGUGUCAUUUGUGGAGAAAUUUUAUCCAGUGAAAACAUGAAGCCAGCAAAUCUUUCUCAUCAUUUGAAGACAAAGCAUUCAGAAUUAGAAAACAAACCAGUAGAUUUUUUUGAACAAAAGUCUCUUGAAAUGGAAUGUCAAAACAGUGCUUUGAAAAAGUGUUUACUAGUUGAAAAGUCACUUUUGAAAGCUUCGUAUUUAAUUGCUUUCCAAAUUGCUGCCAGCAAAAAGCCAUUUUCCAUUGCUGAAGAAUUAAUUAAACCAUAUUUAGCAGAAAUGUGUUCGGAAGUUUUGGGUUCCACUGCUGGAGACAAAAUGAAAACCAUUCCUCUUUCUAAUAAUACGAUUGGACACAGGAUUGAUGAACUAUCUGCAGACAUUGAAGAUCAGCUGAUUCAAAAAGUCAGAGAAUCAAAGUGGUUUGCCCUUCAGAUAGAUGAGUCAUCAGAAAUGUCAAAUGCCGCCCUUCUUUUGUGCUAUAUUCGUUUCAUUGAUUAUGGUUGUAGUGAUAUAAAAGAAGAAUUAUUAUGUUGCAUUGAAAUGCCUUCUCAAAUGACUGGUUUUGAAAUAUUUGAACUAAUAAAUAAAUAUAUUGAUAGUAAAUCUCUGAAUUGGAAACAUUGUGUUGGUCUCUGUACAGAUGGGGCUGCAAGCAUGACUGGUAGGUGUUCUGGUUUAAGGGCAAAAAUUCAAGAAGUUGCCAUGAAUACAGUGGCAUUUACACACUGUUUUAUUCACCGUGAACAUUUAGCAGCAGCAAAGUUGUCUCCAUGCUUACAUGAAAUUCUUUUGCAGUCAGCACAAAUUUUAAGUUUUAUAAAGAGCAAUGCAUUGAAUUCACGGAUGUUAACAAUUUUGUGUGAAGAGAUGGGGUCUGAGCACUUGAAUUUACCACUUCAUGCUGCAGUACGUUGGAUAUCGAGAGGGAGAAUUUUAAAAAGAUUAUUUGAAUUACGACAUGAAAUUGAAAUAUUUUUAAAUCAAAAGCACUCAGAUUUGGCUGAAUAUUUUUUUGAUGAGGAAUGGGUUGCAAAGUUGGCCUAUUUAUCAGAUAUUUUUUCACUUAUAAAUGAACUAAACUUAAGUCUCCAAGGAACUAUGACCACUCUCUUCAGUUUGUAUAAUAAAAUUGAUAUGCUUAAGGAAAAGUUAAAAAUGUGGUUGAAGCGCACACAAGAGAAUGAUUAUGAUAUGUUCCCUUCAUUUUCUGAAUUUUCAAACUCAUCAGGCUUAAAUAUGAGAAGUAUUUCAAGCAUUAUUUUUGAACACCUCGAAGGACUUUCUCAAAUGUUCAAUGACUGUUACCUACCUGAAGAAGACUUGCGUUCAGGAAAUUUGUGGAUAAUUAAUCCUUUUAUGAACCAUCAAAAUAGUAAUCUCACGGACUUUGAAGAAGAAAAACUAGCACAGUUAUCUUCAGAUUUAGGAUUACAAUCAAUAUUUAAAUCAAUGUCUGUAACUCAGUUUUGGAUAAAUGCAAAGGCAAGUUACCCAGAACUCCAUGAAAAGGCAAUGAAAUUUUUAUUGCCUUUUUCAACUAUUUAUUUAUGUGAUGCUACAUUUUCAGCUUUGACUGAGUUAAAGCAAAGAAAUCUGUUGGUUUCUGGCCCUGCCCUACGACUUGCAGUCACGUCUUUAAUUCCGAGAAUAGAGAAAUUAGUCAAGGAAAAAGAAUAGUAAUGUGCAUAUUGCUUAUUAUCAAAGUCUAUAAUUUUGUGUUAAAUUUUGUAUGAGAUAAAUAUCCUAAAAUAUAAUUUCCUAAUAUGGAUAUGUGUUUUUGGUGAUUUAAUAAGUGUUUUAAUAAUUUUUCUUUUUGUUGAGGAAUUUAUAUAUGCAUUUACAAAUAACUAUAAUUUUAAUAAUCCAGGAUAGAGAAUUAGCUAUUUUAUUGAUUGAUCACAUAAUUUGGAUUAGUGACAAAGAUGUAGGUACUGACAGGCCCAGUUUAUAAUGUAAUAGCUAGCACACCUGGACAUUGAAACGGCUUGGCCUUUAGAAGCACAUGGGACAUUUCAGUCUUCAGCCAGCCAGCUACCUACCCAGCAAGUUGCAGGUAGGUAGAAAACGAAGUCCAAGCAGCCCUGCUAACAGGAAGUGGAAGCAGGGGAGAGUUUGAGACCCCUCUAAAGAUCCUCUCUGGCUCUCUAGAUCGGGGCUUGGCAAACCUUUUUCAUAAAAGGCCAGGGUAGUGAAUAUAUUAGGCUUUGUAGGCCGUAAGGUGAGAACACUCAGUUCUGUGUUUACAGCACAAAAGCAGCCAACUGCAGACUAUAUACAAAUGAAUGUGGCUGUCUUUCAAUAAAACUACUUAUUUAUGACCA